AAAGUUUGAGCGAGUGCUUACUUGGUAGUAGAUGAAAUCCAACUCAUUAUGGAGACACCUGUCUUGACAGCCAUCUUACUGGUCAGUAUACACUUGACCAUCGCCAAAAUUUGUGAAAUUCCUUUACCAGAAGGAUUGGAGGAAUGCUACAAGCGAGUUCAAGAAGAGAACGUCGACUCUUAUGUUGGUAGUCUCUACAGCUGGCAUUGCGAGCAUUUGGUCGUGGGCACCUACAACACGUCAGAUGAUGAGUUCCUGUAUGAACGACAAGAGUAUAUCAAGCAGCUAUAUGAAGAAGCCUUUGGAAAUUCCUCAAGAACCAAGCGUCAGACUCCCUCGCCUUGUGUAAGACGUGAAUACAGGAUGCUGUCACUGUUUGAGAGAGUUAGGUUUCACAACGCCAUUAACACGCUGAAGAGAGACACGUCAGUUCGACCCAACAAGUAUGACGCCAUAGCAAGCAUACACCAGGGAACAAACAAUCGUAUCGCUCAUGGUGGACCUGGAUUUCUCGGAUGGCAUAGAGUUUAUCUACUCGUAUAUGAAACAGCUUUGAGGCAGGUCGACCCAAACAUCUGUAUUCCUUAUUGGGACUCCACGCGUGAUAACGAGCUUCCAAACCCAUAUAGCUCCUCCAUCUGGUCCAAUGAAUAUAUGGGCACACCUCGAGGUCCGGUAAUUGCAGGACCGUUUGCAGGAUGGAGACUUCCUAACGGGAUUCAACUGACCAGAAACACCGGAGUUGACGGACAGCUUCUUUCUGUGACCAACGUCCAAAACAUUUUAUCUCGACGAAGACACGAAGAGAUAGUGGUGGCGCCAGGAGUCCCAUUUCUUUACGACUUAGAACUGAACCAUGGCUCUGUUCACGUCUACGUUGGUGGAGGUAUGAACAAUCUGAACACUGCUGCAUUUGAUCCUAUCUUCUUUCUGCACCACGCUUACAUCGACUAUAUUUGGGAACUGUUCAGAGCGAGAAUUCGAAGUCUGGGCGUCAAUCCGAAUACCUAUCCUCAAGUUCCCACAAACAGUUUUCAUACUGCUAACUAUCCAACAGGUCUACUUGGAUAUACCCAAGUCCAAGCGUACUCGGACAGUCUGGCUAGCAGAGCUAGGUAUGAGCCAGUGCCGACUUGUUCCAGCACCUCUCCUGCUUGUGGAAACAGAUUUCUUGUGUGCAAUCGUUUUACAACUCGAUGUCUACCAACUAGCAGAACUACUCGAGGCAAACGUUCAACAAAUGCUCCAGACGACACUUGCAGCUCAGCACCAAACUAUGGACUUCCAUAUCAGAACGACUUUUGUUGCGACCAGAAGUGUGACUCGAGCUAUUGGGCCUACGUUCCCGUGAACAUUGUCUCCAUGAGACCGCCGACAUUCAAUCAUUACGACAGUUACCCUGUUAGAGCCGGCACUGUAGACACCAGCCACGACAUCUACCAGCCUCUAGCAUACAACAUGACUAACAGGUAUAUAUCCAGCAGACAAGGUAAACCAAUGACCUAUGACAGAUGUGUAAAUGAUACAGUGUCAGGUCAAGUCUUCGUGUACUCCCGCGGUAUAAACUAUGCCGGAUAUUAUAAGGAGUCGUCUCUCAUUGAUCAAAGGCUUCCAAUUUCUUCUUCUGUUGGGUUUGUGGCAGUCAGGAAACCUUCACCCGGAGCACCCACCAAGGUUUUGAUCCGAGCUCACGAUUCUUGCGGUAGAGAGUGCUUUGUUACCUGUAAAGAUCCACAGACGCAGCGGUACAGAAACUGCUCUGGAGCCAUAGCCGUCAGUACUGAAGCACCUCUCAUGUUUAGUUACAGCUUUGAAACAGCUGUGCUGAGCGUGUUCGACUUUAAAUACAACAUCGAUUGCCCCAGGUACUUAACUAACAACUUCUUCUUAACUGUGUACUGUGACUACAAGAACUCAUUCCAGUAUGCAGAGUGACACAGCAUUCACUUUGAAGAAUUGUUUGGAGAUGUACCAAUGAGAUCAAUACCAGCAUGUUGUGUGAGCUAUUACAACCUUGUAUAUUCAUAAACCAUAAAAUUGUUAUUUUUUUAACUGAGAAAAAAUGAAAAUAUGUCUUAACUUUUCAAUACAUAGACAUAGUUUCUAAAUAAA